UUUUUGCAGCCUUUUGGCAAAGUUCCAGCCUUUGAAGAUGGAGACUUCAAGCUUUUUGAAUCAAGAGCAAUUACUCAAUACAUAGCACAUAAUUUCGCAGACAAAGGAAACAACCUUCUCUCAGCCGGAAAGGACAUGGCGAUCAUAGCCAUGGGAAUAGAAAUCGAAUCGCAUGAGUUUGAACCUGUUGGUUCAAAGCUUGUGUGGGAGCAAGUCCUCAAGCCGUUGUACGGUAUGACCACAGACAAAGCCGUUGUUGAAGAAGAAGAGGCUAAGUUAGCCAAAGUCCUCGAUGUUUACGAACACAGGCUUGGUGAGUCUAAGUAUUUGGCUGCUGACCACUUCACUUUGGUCGAUCUUCACACCAUCCCUGUGAUUCAAUACUUGCUUGGUACUCCAAGUAAGAAACUCUUCGACGAGCGUACACAUGUCAGUGCUUGGGUUGCUGACAUCACUUCUAGGCCUUCCGCUCAGAAGGUUCUCUAAGUGAAAUCCAACUGUUAAUCAGCAGGGAUUAAUAAAAGUGGCGAUGGCCUGAUUGCCCAAUUCUCUCAUAAAAACUCUGUGUUUCUUUUUGUGUGUGUUUUCCCUUUUUCGUGUGUACUCUGUUUUUCUCUGCUACCGAGAGUGAUUGGUUUGAAUGUAACCUUCAAUAAAAGAGUCUUUGAUGAAUAAUAAAAAAAGUAUCUUCGUUAUCUUAAA